ACACACACACAGGUAUAUACAGUUAGUUGUGUACCUGUGCUGUGCUGGGCUGUGUUAGCUAUAGAACUGGGCUGUGCUGGGCUGGGCUGUGCUGUGAGGAAAAAGGAGGAGACGUAGAGAAUUUCUUCACACUGGGAGGACAAUAACCCUUGUCUAGGAGGCCAGACAAGGUGUUGAGCCAUAGGAGACUAGUGAAGGAGAUCGCCCUAAGGUACUUCACUCGUCAUGAAUCUGCGACUGCCCAGUGUGGCGAUCUUCUGCCUGGCGACGAUGUAUGUAAUUCUUCUGAUGUCGCCUAUGACCUUCGCUGAUGUCACAAGACACUGUUAUAACUUCACCUGGCCCGGCACCAACACGUCUCUGGACUGUGAUGAAAAGAAACUGGACGACAACAAUAAACCUAUCCCUUGUCUCUACCCUCUGGUGUACACAGUUCCCUACUACAACCCCCCUAACAUCACGGCCCUGGAGUUGUACUGCACCAAGAACGUGUGUCCUGACUUUAAGUGUAAUGAGAAGGACAAGAAGUGCAUCAGCUACUCCUGGUACGAUGUUAAUGAUCGAUUGGCAAACUACUCCCUCUUCUGUGGCAGUCUGGCUGACCAUACCAAUGCAGACGACCCGACCGUCAAGAGUUCUGGGUGCUGGGAGCAACGAGUCGGCACACACACAAGGAAGGUCUGCGUGUGUGACGACCACGACUACUGCAACGCUGCCUUCGCCUCCUACCCCGUCGUCUCCUUCGGGUUGUUCCUCAUGAUGUUACUUCCUGUGGUUGUCGAGCAGAUAGCUAAAACAUCAUUGUAUUAAGGGUGUGUGUAGGUGUGUUUAAUCUGUCUGGAUUUUAAGGUCUAUUGAUCAUCUGUCACAUCUGUAUACACACACAUAGAGCCUUGCUGACAUUAAACAUCUGUUACAGUUGCAUAAAUGAAGUUCUGUACACAUUCUGUAAACCUAGCCUCCUCCCCCGUCUCACAGGAUUUGACGCAGCUGUUAAUGGGAUCUGGAUUUACACCUAUCCGCACCUGCUAAAGCUAUCGAGUAAGAGUAUUGACAGGUGUCUCAGUCUGACCACUCGCUAGGUAGUGUUAAUAUCUAUGUCGUGAUGAAUGUAUAGAGUGAUCAAAGCAUGAAGUGAUUAUCUCUCUCUCUCUCUCUCUCUCUCUCUCUCCCUUUACAAGCCCCUCUGAGUAGUUGGAUUCUAAAAACGUUUAGAGGUUAAAGAAAACAAAAUUAGGAUCACAUCCCCUAUCCAUAUCAUAAAGCUUCGAAUACUCUCUCAGUACAUAUGAACAAAUGAGCAUCGAUUUCCUCCUGAUUGACAUUAAGCCUCUAAAUAUGUUUUUCUUAAGUGAAGCACAAAAUAAUUCAGAUAUGUAAUACACUGAAAAGUACUUUAAUGCAGUGAUUGAUAAUGUGUUUAUAAAGAAAAAUAUAUAAUGCUGAUUUCGUAGUCGUGAAAAACGUAGCAAUUGUGUGAUAUUUGUAGCUCUUAUAAACAAGUAUAUAAUGCUCCUUCCCGGUCCCUAAAUGGUAGUAUUGCCGUAGAGCGUUCAUAAAUAACCAGAUAAUGCUUCUUCCAGGGCCACCAAACUGUACCAAUACUGUGAUCUCUGUAGGCUUUGUAAACCACGUCAUGCUCCUUCCCGGGCCCCUCGACACACCAGCACUAUAACAGCUGCAGCAGUGAUCGAAAAGAAGACUAUGGUGGUUAGGGCCGGACCCAGACCUCAAAUUUGACAGAUACAAACUUUCAGAUACUAAGGAAUUCGUCAUUUUAUUUAAGAAAAUGUGGAUACUUUCUGGAUACUUUUUAGAAGAUUAUGGAUACGUUUUUACUUUGUUAGUUCUUUUGUGGAUACGUUUUUAUUUUUCACACUGGCAACACUGUAGCCAAGACUUACGGACGCACAGUUCAACAUGCCGGGUAGAUCGCGUCCCUGCGUUAUUUGCAAAAGGAGAAAGGAUACACAUCCACAUUUUCAUUUUCAUCGGUUUCCAAAAGACAGAGAUACGCAACUUAAGUAUUUAAUCUCUUGUGAGUUACAGUAAAAAUGUGCAAUUAUAUAUAGAAAUACAUUUCAAAUCAGAGGCAGCAGCUUCAUCAGUCACUCCGACUCACUUGAUACGAAUUUGACAGGAGUCGUAGCUGGCAAAAUGCCAUUGACAUUCCCAGAAUAUACGUGAAGAACUGUGAGGAAUUGCACAGAAGUUAUCGAGUGUGCUUUUUUCCUUCAUAAUAUAUAU